UUGAAUUCACCGCUUCCGACGCGAGCCACUAGUACAGCUGCCAGCUGCACUACUUAGUGCAAGGUUCUACAACUUUUCAUCUCGUCUUUAUCACCACUACAGUCUCCGUAUGAACUCCCGGAUAGUCCAGCGCCAGCUGCAUUGAAACGCGUCCAUAUUUUCCAGCGGUCUGAAGUCUGUAGUAUCGUGUCCAUUUGACCUGUUUCAGGCAUGUCUGCAUCUCCAGACAGCACGCACACAGCUCUUUUCGGCGAGGAAUCUACUCUCUCUGCAGAGGCACAUCCUGGCAUCGCACCAUCUGUCUCUUCCGAUGCCUCCGAGAACGAUAUAGCCAGGUGUUCACAUAUCGCUUCCGUCUUCGCCGAUCCCUCCGCCAAAGCAGGUAUCACAGACAAAUUCAAAACAGUCGUAGCAUGGCACGCAAGCAGGACGCAUGAUUCUUUGCAUCCAGCAAAGCGAAGAAAGGUAUCCUCUCCGACCUGUGACACCUGCAACCAAGCGCUCUCCCGACCGUUUAUCUGUCUGCACUGCCCAUUCGCAGGAUGCUGGUCAGAAGGUCACGCAACAAACCACCUGAAAGAAGCGGGGCAUACGUUUUGCACCGAUGCAAAGUCUGGAUCCGUCUUCUGUUCAGAGUGCGACGACUUUGUCUUUGAUGACACCAUUGACGAAUUGUAUCUCUCCACCGUCGUAUCGGUGGAGGAGCAAAGAACAAAAUUUCAAGUGGCGAAGAGAGGCCGAGAGCCAUACCAACCGUGGAUUCCGACAGGCGAGGAGUCCGCUGCCCUGCAGUAUGCCGCCACAGUCCCUUGUCAAGGUCGUCGUGGGCUGCUCAAUCUAGGGCAGACGUGCUUCUUGAACGUCAUACUCCAGUCCUUCAUCCACAACCCAUUGUUACGUAAUUAUUUUCUCAGUGAUAGGCAUAACAACAGGCUGUGCAAACAUUCGGACUGCACUUGUUGCGAAAUGGACAAUCUGUUCACGGAGAUAUAUUCCCCGACCAAUACCCCAUUUGGACCGACCUCAUUCCUGCACACGACCUGGAAGGUUUCCGCCGAGAUGUCGGGCUAUGCCCAACAAGACGCACACGAGUUUUUCAUCACCGCGCUGAAUCAGAUUCACGGGAAAUGCCGCGGUUCUACGAACAUUUCGUGUAACUGCAUCAUUCAUCAGACUUUCGCCGGUCAGUUUCAAAGUGAUGUUACGUGUGAGAAGUGCAGAACCGUGACAAGCACUAUCGAUCCAAUGCUUGAUAUCAGCCUUGAGUUGAGGGCGAAAUCUGGGGAAGCGGCUAGUGAGAACACGCUUGCGAGCUGCUUGCGCAGGUAUACUAAACCAGAAAAGCUUGGAGCAAGAGAGUACACUUGUAGCAAAUGCACGAAAGCGUCUCAUGAAGCGGUGAAGCGCCUCAGCAUACGGACAUUACCUCCAGUUCUCAGUUUCCAAUUCAAGCGAUUCGAGCAUAAAACAUCUGGGAAAGCUGCACCGCAAAAGAUCGACGCUCCAAUUCGAAUACCAGCCUCUAUUAAUAUGGCGCCGUAUACGACUCUCGCUAUGAAUAUGACAGGAAAGGACGGUGAAACAGGGUACCCAGGACCCGACGCCAUGUAUGAAUAUGAUCUAUUUGCAGUUAUUAACCACGAGGGCCAAAUGGAUAAUGGGCACUACACGAAUUUUGCUCGUUUUCAAGACGAGUGGUACCGUUUCGACGACGACAAAGUGACCCCAUCGACGCUCAGUGACUGCCUAGCCUCAAAUGCUUAUAUGUGCUUCUAUGUGAAGCGCCAUCUCGAUUACAAACCCUAUAUGAAACCAACGUACCGGGUGGCACGCGAAAACGAUAUAGUUCGUGAGCAAGCGAUGGAACGAGAAAAGGAGGCAGCGCGUAUGAAAGAAGUGGAUGAUGCGCUGAUGGCGAUGGUCGGUCCAGAUUGAAAUCGCCCCUUAAAU